AUGGCGACGGGUAUCGAGGCCGCCGGCCUGGUGCUGGGCGCUAUACCUUUGGUACUUGCGGGUUUGCAAUUCUAUGCCGAAGGAAUCAGUGUGACGAAACGCUACUGGAGGUACAAGAGGGGUGUCAACGAGAUUCUAAAUGAGCUGAAGGUCGAGACUGCUAUGUGCAUCAACAGCAUCAAUAUACUGUUAUUCGGGAUAGUCACCCCUAAAGAGAUGGUUGGGUUUCUGAACGAUCCACAAGGCGCACGUUGGAAAGAGGAGAAGUUCGAUCGAAAGCUUCGCGCCAGGCUAAGAGCGAGCUAUGACCCGUACAUGGCAAGCAUCCACCAAAUGGUGAUCAUAGCUGAGAAGUUCAAAGAGCGAUUGAAAUUGGACGAUGCGGGAAGGCCUCAGUUUUCCGAGAAAAAUGCAUUCAAGGAGCAUUACGAGCGUUUGAAGUUCAGCCUGAAGAAAUCGGACUACACGGAAUUGAUGGAACGGUUACGACGCGCGAAUCUGGCCCUCGAUCGCUUGACGAAUCAGACGACGUACCUCGAGACCCACACACCGGAUCGCUUGUCAGUCCCGAAUUUCGGCAUGAUCAACGAGAGAGCAGAUAGCUUCCACUCCGCGCUGAAGGCAGGUUGGAAUUGCCCAUGCUCGGCACACCAUACCGUCAGUCUGCGCUUAGAGACACGCAUCGAGGCCGUAUCGAGUGAUGAGGAUGAGGACGACGAUGCGCAUAUGAUGCGUGACCCAUUCCACGUUCUUUUCCAUUACGACAGGGAUCAUGCAACUGAGCAAUCAAGACAGGUUGGUGCUUGGUCCUGGGAGGAGGCGGAUGUACGAGUCGAUCCUAUUCCAGACACUACACCGCAUGUCCAACAAACUAGAGGUGUUCGGUUUGCAGCGCAGAAUAUGCAAAAGGCUGUGCGAGCGGCAUUGGAAGCACGUCCGAACAUGCAGCCCAUAAAAGACUUGUGUGCUGCAAUUUCGGAGCUCCAGAAACCACAGCGCGAAGUUUGCUUUUCUUUGCUUGCUAGCGAGAUCGCGAAGCAAAAGUAUGGUGUGCACAUAUACCCAACGAAACAGAUGCCUCUCGACCCUGAUACAUGGUCGAUUUCUUCGCUACAUAUGAGCUUGAACGACACGGAUUUUGCUCGUCGCGAUCGCUUGAAGUUGGCAGUCACACUUGCUUCAAGUGUUUUGCAGCUUCAUGAAACCCCAUGGCUUGAUCAGUACUGGGGUAAAGACAGCAUCUUCUUCGUGAAGCGACCUGGAAUGACCAUGUACGACCAGCCUUUCGUGUCAUGGGACUCCAGUCGUACCACACCACCUGCAGAAGCUGGAAUGCCCAAGUCAAUGAAUCACAUCAUCCGUAAUCAGCCUUUGUACGCGCUUGGUGUCGCGUUAAUAGAGCUCUGGUAUGGCAAGCCUCUUCAAGAACUUUGGAAGGAUGAGGAUGGGCCUUUUUAUACCGGUGUACGACAAGUCGAUAUCCUGACUGAAUGGAAUACCGCGAAUCGACUUGUAGACGAUCUAUACAGCGAAGCUGGUCGUAGAUAUGGCGAUGCCGUUCGGCGAUGCAUCCGCUGUGAUUUCGAUCGAAGAGCUAAUAGUCUGGAUGACAUUCAGUUCCAGCGAGACGUAUACCACGGCGUGGUAUCGCAGUUGAAAGAGAACUACGAGUACUUGUUUUAG